CUUGUUUGGACUCUCAAAGUUUUCAACUAUUUCCCUCUCACUUUCUUUUAUCUAUGGUACCACGGCUGCCCAAACACACACCCUCACUCUCUCCAUCUCUCAGUAACGCCAUACCCCAGCUAUGAAGAAGGUCAUAUUGAAGUUGGAUUUACAUGAUGACAGGGCCAAGCAGAAGGCUUUGAAGACGGUCUCUUCACUUUCAGGGAUUGAUUUAAUAGCCAUGGACAUGAAGGAGAGGAAGCUAACAGUAAUAGGGACAGUGGAUCCAGUGAGUGUAGUAAGCAAACUAAGGAAACAUUGGGCAACGGAGAUAAUCUCAGUAGGGCCAGCAGUGGAGCCCAAGAAGGAAGAGCCGAAGAAAGAUGAACCCAACAAAGAAGAAGAGGGCAAGAAGGAGGAGGCAAGCAAAGAAGGAGAACCCAAAAAGGAGGAGCCAAAGAAGGAAGAGGAGGCGAAGAAAGAAGGCGAAAAGAAGGAAGAAGGGAAGCAAGAACAGGGGCAGCUGGUUGGGACAGUGGCAAUGCCACUGCCUGACCCAGUGAUGGAAAUGGUGAAGGCUUAUAAGGCAUAUAACCCUCACAUGAACACUUAUUAUCAGGUCCAUAGCAUUGAAGAGAACCCAAAUGCUUGUGUUAUUUGUUGAGUGCUACAAUGUCAAUGGAGCCUUUAAGCCAAGGCAUUUUUUGAAUACUAUGUCAAUGGAGCCUUAAUACCCCUUUCAACCUCAACCUAAAGCUCUCCCUUGUACAUAAGAGAACACAAAGAUUAUGCCUUUUUGUUCUUUUGUUUACCCAAUAUUUUAGUUUAUUGUGUAGAAAUAUUCAAUAAAUUUUGUUUAUCUUCGAUUGCAAAUUUGUAAUCCAUGUCUUAAUCUUCGAUUAAA